GACACCCAGCACUCUGCCGCCACCAUCAGGGAGGGAGAAGGAGAGUGGCAGUGGGAGAGAGGGAAAAGGAGAGGGAGUGGAGUUCUGCAAAAUGAUGUGGUCGUGUUGGAGUGAUGAUGAGGAAGAGAGAGGCCCUUUUGGUGUUCCACGUGCCGAGCGAAUCCGGGGGGAAGGUGACUCAGGGCAUCUCGGCGCUGCUCUCCAUGACUGUCUUCCUCAUGACCAUCAGAGUCCCUGCCGCCCACUGAGAAGACACCGCUCGUCAGGAGAGGGCAGGACAGCACACCGCGUGAGUGGCGAGGGACUGUUGCCCCACGUUCCGUCCAUUCCUAUUCACGUUGCCCCAUCCCUGUCCUAUUACAUGAGUGUUGGUCUCCAUGUCUCUGGUGAAGAUGUAUCCGGGGAAGAGGAGGAAGAGGGAGAGGUUACUGAUUACUUCCAUACGGCGUCCACUUAAUAAUAUGAAGACCACCAUAUACCCAGUGUCUGGUGUGCAGCGAAAGGCGGUUUGCCAGGAGUAUUAGUUAAGGAAGAAGAAGAAGAAGAGCCUGCAAAAAAUAAGAUUAAGUGGCACCUCCGAGGCUGCGACAAUGCAGCCGUCUGUUCUUCACGUCAGCUACACGCAUAGCAGCACACCAACGAGUCCCAUACAUUUUCAACUCCUCUGACGGCCUGGCGUCCCCGCUCGGCCCCUUCCACGACUCGCAGCGAGAGACGUCGAGGUGCGGUGGUCUUGUGGCGGAAGGCUGAAGGAGGCGGUGAAGGAGUGAAGGUGUGAAGUGUGUGGCUUCCACUUCACCAUCCUAUGAACAGCCUGCAGGAAUCUCUAUCAGCACCUGCUUCUGCAAUAUUGGCAUCUGGUUAUCAAAUAGUGCUGUCACACUGGGCCUGACAUACUCCAUUGCAAUUGGGGAAUCAAGCUUCACCAGGAAGAGAGGCCGAGCAUCACGACCUUCAAGCCUUCAAGCCCUACAUGAGGUGUUAAGUAUUGUCAGGACAAAACAGAGGUCCUGGUACAAGAGUUUUCAUUGCAAUCAAGGAAGAGUCAAGUUGCAAUAAGAAGAGUGUGUCAAGAAUUUUAAGCAGGAGGAAGACUGUCAAGCAGUUGACGGCAGGAAGAACGCGUGAAAUUCCCUUAAGUCAUGGCAGGACCGACAGGCAACCUUCAUUCAACACCUGCAGAGGCACAAGAGUUGUGGGCAGUUUCACCAGGAAGAGUUUGCUCCUCACUCAAGUUGACACAAAGACACAAGAAUUUGCAAGUGUUGUUCCUCCAAGACCCUGCUGCAAAUGUUCUCCAAUCCACUCCAGUCUGGGAAGGAAGAAUGUAGGAAGUCCCUCUCUUCUGUACUCAACAAGCACCACCACCACCACCACCUUCAUUCAGGCUUGAGACAAGUUUUGUACAUUCCAGCACUUCAGUAAUAAAGAAAACAAGUGCCAUGUUUAUUA